AUGUCUUGGAAACUAGCAAACUCCAUUCUUUAUAUUGCCAUCGGAUUCCUGCUCGCAGGAGAUUUCGGAUGGAAAAUUUUCGCACAUGCUGAUUCUAUAGAAUGCGACUACACGUGGUCUAGACCAGAGCCGUGGAAUAAUCAUAUGCAUCUGUGCGCAACAAAUACUGGGGCCCGGACCAUGUAUACGUGCUCGUGGUGCGGAAGAGGAGAUACCAAACUACCAUCUGCUUAUUACUGUGUUGACGAAUUGGGAACUUUAGUCACAAAGUAUUCAUGGGAUUGUGAUGCAGGAAUGGAUGUGAAUGAUGACCCAACCUACUCCAUAACUUGCAAACGUACUGUUAAUGGUACCCCAGUUGACUACCGUUGCAAGUCCCGGCAUCUGAACCAACAAUGUCCCACAAAUUUGUGUAAGGCCUAUGAAUGA